AACACGUCACCUACCCGGAGAUGGGAUUUGGCACCUAUUUUGCGUCUCCCGCCGCGAAGAAAAAGGAGCUGGGAAUGCUGAUCAAUCGGAUUGGCGCGUGGAUGAGGACGAGGAGCUUUGCGAAUUAUAGGAGGGUGAGUGGUUUUUCUUUUCUCAUUUGAGGGUGGGAACGGAGGCUUCCUGAACGGAGGCCCAUGAGCUUUGAUUUGUGCCCAGGAAUACGCAAUCCACCUCAAACGCCGGGCCAUCACGUCCAUCGACAUGCGACACAUCGUCACCUUUCUCCGCACGGGUUACGACGGCUACGACCCGUCCGUCGUCAAAAUGUUUUUGACCCUGCAAGAUGUGCUCUGUUGUGCGACCGACGGGAUGAUUACGGAGCUGUUGGGGCUCUUGCCGGAACGACAGGGCGGCCUUUUCCCGAUUGCGACGGGAUUGUUCUUUUGGCGGUGGGAGGUUAGACGCGCUUGUGUGAGACUGUUGAGGAGGAUUGGGAGUCACAAGAUUGGUAACAGGAUCAUCGAACGGUUGAAUCCCAUGGUCCGGAUGGCUUACCAACGCGCCCACCGUGACUUCUACGGGGAUAACUUACCACCCGGCCUGCCCGUACCGAUCACGCCUUUGACCCUUCCGCAAUCACUGCGUAGCACCAGCAGUCGGGACACGAUCGGAAGUCGGGACGGGGAUACUCGCCAGACCAUCCCGAUGCGUGCGUCGACGCCAUCACUGUCUUCUGCGUAUUACAGCUCGAACUCGGUUUCGCAACGCCCGAGUAUUGCGUCUAUGCGCGAAUUCACACAACCCGAGUACAAUCCGCAGAUACAAGCCGCCAGCAUCGCACGCCCGGGAUCUGCCCUCUCCUCCAUCCCCUCCCCAUCCACCGCAUCCCAAGCAAACUCGACGUUCUCCUCCUCCCAAUCGCAAGCAUCCCCACUAGGCCCCGCUCCACCAACACCCAACAACCCCUCCUCCCCGCUCAACCCCGUCGUCCAGCGCAUGCUCCAACAGCAAUCUCGCCACCAAGAACACCUCAAAGCCACCCUCUCCGCGCUCCAAAUCGACCCCUCAUCCCAGGUGACGGAUACGAUCAAUCCGGAGUUCGGGAAAGAUGAGCAGGACUCGGACGCCUCCAGUUCGGUGACGAGCCCGACGGCCAUGCUCGCCUUGGAUAUCAUACAGCCAUGGCCCCUUCCGCCCGACCGCACGGAUAGUUUGGCGAGCAAUUCGCCUGGGUAUGACGAGGAUUUGAAUGAGGGCAACCCUAGGAGACCGCCGAAUGAGGAGUACAUCCCGGCGGAGAUUUUAUUGCAGCGAGGGGCGGCUAAGCCUGCUUUGUUGGUUACCGCGAGCUCGCCUGCGACGGAGUACACCAACAAUCCACACCCUGUUCCACAGCGGCAUACAUCGCCCUUCCCAAGGGCGCCGUCGUCGCCGAUCCGAUCGCUGGGUGCGUCGCUGGCUCCUGUUUCACCCACGACCUUACCUACGACCAUCACCACCGGUUCGGGACAGGAACGGAAACGGGAUUCCGGACAGUCCGGGUCACCCGCGGUGGGAAGUUUCUCGCCGACUUUUGGGACGGGCGGAUUUGAGGGGUAUGAGACUUUGAUGCGGUUUUACGCGACGGAUGAGGCCUCGGUUGGUGCUGGCACUGGAUCUGCAGGGACGGCAAGGACGGAAGGAUCUGUGGUUGCUGACGAUGAGGGAUUGCCGGAUGAUAGGCGGAGGACGCUGUACAUGGGGGAUCAGAAUGAGGCGUGAGACGGGCCAAGGGAUCCGCUAGUUGGCGUUUUGGCAUAUAGUUUCAAGUCACUUCUCUAAUGUAAAUCAUGAGCGUUUGAAGGUUCUUCUGGGAGAAAGGGUGAGGAUAUUCUAAGAGUAGCUCUUUCGG